UGAUAAGCAAUGGAGUCGCGGAAUUACAUCCGACAAGAUAGAUGUGCCAAAUAUUCGCACGCAACCACGUACAUUGAUACAUCAGAAAGGGUUUGAAUUCUUAUCGAUAGAACGAACAUUCGAAAAUAAAGUUAGAAAAGAACUCCAAUACCAGAGGAGUCCCUUAUAUUGUACAACAGACACUAGUCAAUUCAAAGACAGUUUGCGUACAAUAUAUAACGGAAAGAAAAAAACACCAUCGUUAUCCGAUGUACGGGUUGUUUCUAUUGGUUUCCAGGAUGGCGGAUUAAAGUUAGUUGAGUACAGUAUAUCUUUGACCAACGUUUUGCAAUUUCAUUAA